UGUCUAGAAUACGGUCGUAUUUUCUAGGUUUGGUGUGGUGAUCAGUGAUGCGUGCGCCCCUUUCGUGAACCCCCAUCGGAAACCAUGGUGCAUGUGUUGUUCUGCUGCACUCUGCUGGCAGUGGCAGUGAAGGGUCAGAUCAGCGAUCUUCGCUACACAGAGACCAGCAAUGAUAAUGUGGCCGAAGCGAUACAGUUUCUGCGUGAGUUUGAUCGUGAGGCGGCAGAGAUGUGUAACCGGGUGGCAAACGCUGAGUGGCGCUUCUCCACCAAUGCCACCGACUUCAACAAGCGUCGAAUGCGGGAACAGCAAAAUCUGGCCGCUAAGUUUGAAUGCAUUACCUGGCGCCGAGCGGUGGCAUUCGAUUCCUCGCGCAUCGUAGACACCAGCAUCCGGCGCCAGUUGGGACGGAUCGUGCAACAGGGGCGGUGUGGUUUGGGCGACGAUAAGCACACCGAGCUGCAGCACGUUCUGGCCCUGCUAAAGGAUAACUACAACAAUGCCAAAGUGUGCCCCUACCGUGGGCAAGAGUCCAGCGAUGGAGGAACAUUUUCGGGCUACAAAAGCACCAACUACGUGACCGGAUACAGUGGGUACUGUGAUCUGAAGAUCACGCCCGAUCUGGUGCGCAUAAUGGAGACGAGCCGCUCGGAACCGGAGCUGCGGUACUACUGGAUUGCGUGGCACGAGAAGACGGGCCCACCGGUGAGGAACACGUUCAUGCGCUAUCUGGAUCUGGCGAACCAGGCGGCCGAACGGCACGGUUUCCACGAUGCUGGCGAGCAGAUGCGCUCGGUGUACGAGGAUGAGGAGUUUUUCUUCACCGUCAACGAUCUCUGGAGUCAGCUGCAGCCGCUGUACAAGCAGUUGUUCAGUUUUGUGCGGAAAGGAUUGGUUCGACAGUAUGGAGAGCACGUGGUCCGACGGGAUGGUCCGAUACCAGCACAUCUGCUGGGUAAUAUGUGGGGUCAGAAUUGGAGGCACAUCAUGGACAUCAUCAAACCGGGACCACUGGAGUCUCCCGAUGUAACGGGAGAGAUGGUACGCCAGGGUUACACGCCGUUGAAGAUGUUUCAAACGGCGGAAGAGUUUUUCACCUCGAUCGGGCUUCCACCGAUGGCACCCGAGUUCUGGCGCAACUCGAUGUUGCAGAGUGCGACCGACGGUGCCGGGCAGUGCAGUGCGUCGGCGUGGGAUUUCUGCAACAAGGUGGACUUCCGCAUCAAGCAGUGCACACAGGUUUCGUUGGACGACUUUGUCAAUGCUCAUCACGAGAUGACACACAUCCAGUACUACAUGAAGUACGGGAGCCAACCGUUCCUGUAUCGGGAAGGACCGAAUCCAGCGUUCCACGAGGCCUUGGCGGAUGCGGUAGCGCUCAGUGUUGGCGGGCCGGCACAUUUACAGAAAAUAGGGCUGCUCAGCAGCUCCAUCACGGUGGCGAACGGUAAUACGGUGAUCAACAUCGAGUAUCUACUCAAUUUGGCGCUGGAUAAGCUACCAUUUAUGGCAUUUAGCAUAGCACUGGAGAAGUGGCGCUGGUACGUGUUCGAGAAGGGACCUGUUGGGAUGAAUGCUCGCUGGUGGGAGCUGCGAUUGCGAUACCAAGGGUUGAUACCACCGACCGGGCGGGCAUUCGAGCAUUUCGACGCCGGAGCCAAGUUUCACGUGAUAUCGGACCAGGAUUACAUCAAGUAUUUCGUCGCCACCGUGCUGCAGUUUCAGAUAUUCUCCGAACUAUGCCUUGCUGCCAACCACUACGGACCGUUGCACACUUGUGACUUUUAUCGGUCACGUGAAGCUGGCCGAAUAUUAAGUGACGUCAUGCAACAAGGGGCUUCCCUGACGGCUGCCCAGCUCAUCAAACUUCUUACCCGAGGAAAGACGUCUCGAUUGUCGGUAGAUCCGCUGCUGGAGUUUUUCCGACCGCUGGAGGCCUGGCUCGAAGCCCAGAACAGGGAUGAAGAGAUCAUAGGAUGGAGUUCGCGCAUGGAGGAUGUAGCGCUCUUUCAACCACUGAUGGGAAGGAAUGGACAUAGCUCGGCGGCAACAUGGUUUACAAGCUGGACAAUGCUUUCAGUGAUGCUGGGAGGAUUAAUUGUAGCCCCUAGAAUGUAGAGUAAUU